CUUGCAGCUACAGCUCCAAACGUUGGCAGCUGCGUGGAUCAGCCCAGACCCCCAGGAGGGGACAGAUGGACAGAGCCGCAGGGUGACAGGGAGCUGUUUCCUGAGGGGGAGCUACUGCUGCAGGCACUCAAUGGAUUUGCCAUCGCCGCGACUGGAGACGGCUACAUCUUCUACAUCUCCCCUGCCGUGCGGGACUACUUGGGCUUCCACCAGUCAGAUUUCAUCUACCAGAGUGUGUACGAGAUGAUCCAUGCGGGCGACAGGGCCGUCUUCCGCCGCCAGCUGCACAGGACCCCACUGCAUUUUGGAAAGCUUCCUUUUGAUUUUCCAGCUUUUCCCCCUGAGCAGCCGCUGCUUGCCAGACGCAGCGCCACGUCCAGCCCCCAGCACCUCCAUGCUGAGAAGCAAUCCUUGGUGGAGAGGAGCUUCACCUGCCGCUUCCGCUGCCUGCUGGAUAACUCCUCGGGAUUCUUGGCCUUGAAUUUCCACCACCAUUACGGGUGCCUGAAGUUCCUUCUUGGGCAGCAAAAGUCAGCAGCAGACAAGUCCCCAGUUGCUCUCUUUGCCAUUGCCACACUCCUCCAGCCUCUCUCCAUCCUGGAGCUCCAGACCAAAACACUGAUCUUCCAGACAAAGCACAAGCUGGACUUCACUCCCAUGACCUGUGAUUCCCGGAGGAAGGUUGUCCUGGGAUACACAGAAGUGGAGCUGUGCAGAAGAGGGUCCGGAUACCAGUUUGUUCAUGCGGCUGACAUGAUGCACUGUGCAGAGCACCAUGUGAGAAUGAUGAAGACAGGGGAGAGCGGGCUGACGGUAUUCUGGCUGCUGACCAAGAGGAGCAGCUGGGUGUGGGUGCAGGCCAACGCACGGCUGGUGUACAAACUGAUGCCCAACUGCAUCAUCGCCCGCCAGCGAGCCCUGUCGAAUGAAGAAGGGGAGGAACAUCUCCAGAAGAGAAACUUGCAGCUGCCUUUCAGCUUUGCCACCACCGGUAUCCUGAACAAAUUGUGCCAUCCCAUUGUUGUUCUUCUGAUUUUAGUUAUGAUUGGUUUUGUUUUAUCAGUAAUCUUGCUUAUUGUAAAUUGGAGAAUGAUGAAACGAUGAACAAAAUUAACAUCUAUAAUUAAUGCAUACCACUUGGCCGACAUCCUUUACACUAUAGAUGUUCCCAGGACUGUAGACACAAGAAGAUUAUAGGGUUGGUAGAUAUGUUUUACAUCAUUUUCUUUUAUGAUUUGUUUUAAUCACUGUUUUAAUUAUUUUUGUUUCUUGAUUAUAAAAUUAUACUGAGUAAUAUCGAUGAUACUAGGUUUAUUACUUUACUGCUUAAUA